AUGGGCCAACGCCCCAGCAGACAAGCUAAAUCUGAGAACCCUCAGAGUUGCGAUUGUAGGAGGGACCGGAGGAAUCGGCCAAAGCUUAACAAAGCUUUCCAAAGCAGAGGUGCCAAUGUGAUUGUUGUGGAUAGAACCUUCCGAGACGGUGACUUGAAAAAUGUCCAGUUCAUUAAAGCUGACUUAGAGUUGAUGUCUGAAGCCAAGCUAGUGGCACAAGAAAUCUCGCAAAAAUCUUUGGAUUUAGUUAUAUUUUCAACUGGUAUAAUUGCUGCUCCAAUACGCGAGUUGACCACAGAAGGUCUGGAAAGUGAUAUCGCAGUGAGUUAUCUCAACAGGCUUGUCAUUCUCCGCAAUCUUCUGCCCGCGCUUGAAAAAGCUCACACUAACGUCGUUGAAAAACCAAGAGUGUUCAUCUUUGGGUUUCCCUGCAAUGGGGAAACUGGAACACCCGAUGAUCUGAACUCUGAAGGUGGCUACAAUGCGAUGAAAACUCAUAUGACCACAGUGGCUGGAAACGAGGCGCUUGUAUUUGACACCGCACGGCGCUUUCCUGGAAUUGGAGUGUACGGUCUAAAUCCGGGACUCAUAAAGACGGCUAUCCGCAACAACUUUCUGGGUGAUGGGUUGAAAUCUCGGAUCAUCGAAGGUGUCAUUGGGCUUAUGUUUCAAAAUUCAGAAAAGUAUGCCCAGAAUGUAGUCCCAAUGAUGACGGCUUCUGAACUGGAGAACCAUAGUCCUGCCUUUUUUGAUAACUAUGGCAAGGCCUUUCUUUCGGAAGGGUUUCCUGAGGCUUACGUUGAGAAAUACAUCAGCAAGUCAGAGAAGCUAUUGGCAAUCCGGUGUCUCUUUCUAACAAGUUCUUGGUUAUCAAGUAAGCUGGCUCAUUUUGUAUGUGAUAAUACUGAUUGA